GGUGUACGUAAGCAGGCGCUGACGCGCACGCAGCAUCGCGCAUGCGCGGCGGACCUAGUGGCGGAGCGGGGCCGCAGCGGUGCUCAGUAUGGCGGCCGAACGCAAAACUAAGUUGUCCAAGAACCUGCUGCGCAUGAAGUUCAUGCAAAGGGGACUGGACUCAGAAACCAAGAAACAACUAGAAGAGGAAGAAAAGAAAAUCAUUAGUGAAGAGCACUGGUACUUGGAUUUGCCUGAACUUAAAGAGAAAGAGAGUUUCAUAAUAGAAGAGCAGAGUUUCUCGUUAUGUGAAGAUCUUCUCUACGGAAGAAUGUCAUUCAGAGGAUUUAAUCCUGAGGUUGAGAAAUUAAUGCUUCAGAUGAAUGCUAAGAACAAAGCAGAGGAAGUUGAAGAGGAAACAGUGGAGCUCGAUGUGUCAGAUGAAGAAAUGGCUAGAAGAUACGAGACCUUGGUGGGGACAAUUGGGAAAAAGUUUGCCAAAAAAAGAGACCGUGUCAAUUAUGAAGAAGAUGAAAAUGGAGACAUAAAACCAAUUAAAACAAAGAAGAUGUUCUUAAAACCCCAAGAUUAAAACUGAUGGCUUAAGAUAUGGCUCAGGGAUGCCUUGUGAGAAUUAGCACAUUUUGGAACUCAUUCUGUUGGUUCCUCUAUAGUUAUUAAUGCUGUAAUGUUUAUUUGUAAAGAAAUGUAAAAUUUUGGAAACAUGCUGUUUUUGGAACAGAUGUGUGUUGGAUGUUAUACAUCCUUUGCUUAAUGGUAUUCAUCAAGAGUGGAUUUUUAACCCUUGAUCUUCAACUGUACAUAGGUACGUGGUUGCUUCCUAAAAAAUUUUUUAUCUCAGAUUUUUUUAAUACAGUUCUCCAGUCACUGACCUUGAAUUGACUCAUGUAAACUGAUACCAGUGUUUAAAUUGCCCUUAUCUUUAUAAUCAUGUCAAGUCAGUUCAUACAUAUAUUUCGGAAUCAAAUGUCAUGAGAAUUUAUUAUAUGUAAAUUCAUCAAGAACAAACAUGCCUCUCCAGGCUGAAAUAUUUCCAUGCUACCAAGUCAAUGUCAGUGUGUGGAAUUAUGUUUUUUUGUUUAAAGCCUUUAAUUAAUUAAGAAAAAAGAUUGUUCUGUAAUAAAUACCUGUUUUCAUGUA